AUGGCCCCUCCGACGAAGAAGCGACGAACACGCGCCGCGGCAGCGGCCGAAGCCGCGACAGAAGAAGGGUCGGCGGCGGCGGAAGCAGCGGCAAUGCCAGAGGUGAAUGAGCAGCAAGAACGCGAGGCCGAGAACGAGAAGGUGGCGGCCAAGGUCCCGGCGAAGCGGAAGGCGAAGGGCAAAAAAAAUCAGACGUCGGAGGCUGCGCCUUCGGAGGUCGCCAUGGAGGCAACCAAUGAGAGAGAAGCGGCGGCUCAGAGAGAGCCAUCUCCGCCCAAGGUGGCCAUCGCGGAGCCCUUGGCCGAAGCGGCUGCGGAAACGGUCAUGGACGAAACGACAAUCCAGAGGGCGGCGGAAUCUCCUGGCGCGGCCGAAGUUGCCGCCAAAGCCAAAGAACGCAUGGCUCGCUUCAAGUCCCUCCAGGCCCGGGCCAAGAGCUCCUCGGAAACGAACUUCAAGGAGGCGACAAAGGAGUCCCAGCGACUGGCCAGCGACCCGAGCAAGCUGACGGCCCUCCAUCGCAAGCGCGCCAUCGCCUCGCACAAGCUUCUCAAAGCCGACGUCGAAGAGGCGGGCGAGGACUUUGAGCGCAAGCGUGCCUGGGACUGGACCGUGGACGAGAGCGACAAGUGGGACAAGCGCAUGAGGAAGAAGGGAUCCCAUCGCGACAACAACGCCUUCGCCGACGACCACCAGGAGAGCAACAAGGUCUACAAGCGGCAGCUGCAAAACAUACAACCAGACUUGGAGCAGUACGGGAAGCAACGGAUGGCGGCCAUCGAGAAGGCGGCCGCCUCGGGCGGCCUCGACAUCGUCGAGACGGACGACGGCGAGCUCAUCGCCAUCGACAAGGACGGAUCCUUCUACUCGACGGCCGACACGACCUCGUUUGCCCAGAACAAACCCGACAAGGCGGCUGUCGACCGUCUGGUGGCGGACAUGAAGCGCGCCGAGGAGCAGAGGCUGAAGAAGAGGAGGGAGCGGAUGGCCAAGAACGGCGACGACGGCGACAUCACCUACAUCAACGAGAAGAACAAGCAGUUCAACCAGAAGCUCAGCCGCUUCUACGACAAGUACACGGCAGACAUCCGGGACAGCUUCGAGCGGGGCACGAGGAUAUAG